AUGAUCGUACCUUUGCUAGAGACCAAGCUACCAAGGAUAACGUUGGAGAAAUGGGAGGCGACGCUCGAAAGAGACGAGUUUCCAGAGAUCGACCAGAUGUACGAGUUCUUAUAUAAAACCGCGGUUUGCGUCUCGAGACGCGAGAGAGCGAAGGUAACCGACAUGGAGGGAAGCAGAGGAGAACCCUCGAGCAAAAAAAGACGAAGUCGUCCCUCGAAUCGAGCGCGUGUCGUAAGCGCGGCGCGUAAUUGCAUAGCAUGCAAGACGAAACGGCAUCCCUUGUAUUUAUGCGACAAAUUUAAACAAUUACCUAUACCUAAACGUAUCGAAACAGUGAGAAACGCGAAGGUUUGUUACAACUGCUUGCGCUUACAUAGAGACAGCCCCUGCACUUUUUCGAACUGUACAAUUUGCCAAAGGAAGCAUAACACUCUUCUGCAUUUAAACCAAUAUCCGGUGACGAAUCGAACUUCCACUUCUAAGGCCGUAGAUACACAGGCCGCAUGA